CUCCUGAUAAAAUUCAAUAUUAAAGGUGCAAAAUAUAAGGAGCUUGCACAUUCUUUUGAACAAUGAAUAUUCUCAACGUGUGUGUGGCUAGCCAAACAUCUUCAGUGCGUCACACAAGAGGCAUGCAAUGCUUAAAAAUCAAUAACACAGCAACUUUGAUAGAAAAUGUACUAUAAGAGCAAUAGAAGUUUUUAACUACAAGCAUGAAGUAUGAAAUAAUAGCAUUGUAGCUGUAUUUCAUUUCCUACACCGCAU